GCUCCCAGAGUCCCACAGCCUCCCUCUGCACACCUGGACCCAAGCUCAGCUUUCACAGAGCCCCAGGGGACCCAGGUGUUGGAGAGGCUGGCUGGCCCCAGGGCCCCAGGGCCCCAGGGCCCUAGUGCCAAGUGCCAAGAAACUGCAGUUGCUGUGGCGACUGCUGAGCUCUUAGGGCGAGGAGCUGGUUGGUUGAGGGGCAAGUCUCCAGUGCCUGGAGGAGCCAACAUCCAGGGCCUCGGCGGGGAGGCCACCAUCCAAUGUCCACCCAUUAGCGUUUGCAGACCAAGCAGAGCAGUGGGGAGUGGUUGGUUCAGCUCCCCAGGAACUGGGGACAGGGCUGCAGGUCACUGAGGGGACCUUGGAGGGUGAGACAGACACUUCACUCUAGAGGGCCCUGCCUGGCUGGCUUCCCAGGAAGGCCACCUGGCCACUGGGGUGAGGUGUCUGACAUCAGGCUCUGUCCCAGAGAAAGAUCAUCCAGGCGGGUGGGCAGCAUGAGCCUGGGCCCCCUCAGUCCAGAUACCCGCCGGCGGCUUCUCCAGGGCCAGGCGGACCCCCUCCCAGAACCUCCCUCCAGCAGCGUGGCCAUCUUCAUCAGCUCCACAGUCUCAGUGGCCGUGGGCAUCCUGUGAAGGACGCUGAAAUGACCUCCCCUCCCCCCAGCCACGUGGAGAAAACCAGUGCUUCUUCAGAACCUAUCUUGCACCAGACAUGGAUGUGGAGAGAGAAGCUCUGCAGAGCACCGCGUACCCCGAAGUGCAGACCUUCUGCCAAAAGCAUGGCCUGAUGUUUGAGGUGGUUGAUCUGAGGUGGGGAAUUCAGCACAGCGAGGCCACUGACCACAUGACCACGGAUCUCUGCCUGGAGGAGGUCGACCGGUGUCGGAAAACAUCCCUGGGGCCGGCUUUUGUUGCCCUCCUAGGGAACCAGUACGGCCACUGUCCGGUCCCCACGCUGAUCAAAGAGAAGGAGUGGGAGGCCCUGAAGGCCCAGCUGACCAGCAGGCCAGGUGACCUGGAGCUGGUGGCUCACCACUUCCAGAGGGACGAGAACACCGUGCCCCCCACCUAUGUGCUGCAGGCCCGGGGCACCAGGGAGGCCCAUGGGCCCGAGGAGGCCACCCUGACCUCUGUGCUGCGCUGUGGAGCCCAGGAAGCCAGGAGGCUGGGCCUCAUCACCCAGGAGCAGUGGCAUCGCUACCACCGGUCAGCCAUCGAGUGGGAGAUAGAACGGGGCCUGCUGAGCCUGACAGAUGGGGACCAGGGGGCCACUGUCUUCUUGAGGGAGAUCCAAGACCUUAACAAACACAUCCUGGACGACUGUGCCCUAAAGAUGGUGGACCGGCUCGCAGACGGCUGCCUGGACACGGAUGCCCAGAACCUUCUCAGCAGCCUCAAGGGGCGCAUUGCUGACAUGCAGCCUGGAGUCCUCAAGACCCACCACUUGCCAUGGAGCCGAGACCUCGUGAACCCCAAAAAUAAGGCUCAUGCCCGGUACCUGAAGGAGCUUGGAGAGCAGUUUGUGGCCAGGGCUAACCACCAGGUCCUUGAGCGCCUCCGGGAGCUGGAGGCAGGCAGGCAGGAACUGGCAUGGCUCUACCAGGAGAUCCGCCACCACCUGGGGCUGAGUGCCGAGGCCACCAGGACCUUCUGCGGGCGCCAAGAGCUCCUCGCCCAGGUGGGACAGCGACUCCAGCAGAAUGACAGCCACCCCCACAUGCCCCUGGUGCUUUUUGGGCCCCCAGGCAUUGGAAAGACGGCUCUGAUGUGCAAGCUGGCUGAGCAAAUGCCAGGGCUGCUGGGCCGAAAAACGAUGACCGUCCUGCGGCUUCUGGGGACAUCGCAGAUGAGCUGUGACGCCCAUAGCCUGCUCCAGAGCAUCUGCUUCCAGGUGUGCCUGGCCUACGGGCUGCCUCUGCCUCCUGCGCAGGUCCUGGAGGCCCACAGCAGGGUGGUCCACUUUUUCCACACCCUCCUGCACACUGUCUCCAGCAGAAACUUCGAGUCCCUUGUGAUCCUGUUAGACUCUGUGGAUGACGUGGACUCCAUCCACCGUGCUCGGAGGGUCCCCUGGCUGCCUCCUAAGUGUCCCCCGAGGGUCCACCUCAUCCUCUCUGCCUGCUCAGGGCAGCGGAGAGUUUUAGACACGGUGCAGCAGACAUUCAUGGACCCCAAGUCCUACUGGGAGGUGAAACCCCUCUCCAGCAACCAAGGGCAACAGAUGAUCCAGCUUCUGCUGGCAGCCUCCAGGAGGACCCUGAGCCCAGGGCAGCGGGAUCUGCUCUGGGCCAGCCUCCCAGAGUGUGGGCACCCAGGGCAGCUGAGGCUGGCCUUCGAGGAGGCCCGGAAAUGGGCCUCCUUCACUGUGCCCACCCCUCUGGCCUCCACUGCUAUGGAGGUGAUGCACCAGCUGUGUGUGCGUCUGGAGCAGACCCAUGGGCAGCUCCUGGUGUCCCGGGUGCUGGGCUACAUUGUGUCUUCCCGGCACGGGCUCUCGGAGCCUGAGCUGAAGGACGUCCUGUCCUUGGAUGACGAGGUCCUGCAGGCUGUGUACAGAGACUGGACGCCGCCCAGCAGGGAGCUGCUGCGUUUCCCACCCCUGCUGUGGGUCAGGCUUCGUCGUGAUCUGGGAAACUGCUUGGCCAGGCGACCCAUGGAUGGCUUCACACUCCUGGCCAUCGCCCACAGACAGCUGAUGGAGGUGAUCCGAGAGCGCUACUUGUCAGGGUCUGAGAAAGCCAAGAGGCAUGGAAUGUUGGCCGACUUCUUCCUAGGGACCUGGAGCCAGGGCACCAAGAAACUCAUCACCCUGCCAUUGGUGGGGAAACCCCUGAACCUGGACCGAAAGGUGGCGCCCCAGCCCCUGUGGUUCUCAGACACUGUUGCAAACCUGCGGAAGCUGAAGGAGUUGCCCCAUCACCUGCUCCACUCAGGCCGAAUCGAGGAGCUGAAGCAGGAGGUGCUGGGCAGCAUGGACUGGAUUUCCUGCCGGGGUGUCUCCGGGGGCAUCGAGAGCCUGUUGGAUGACUUUGGCCUGUACGCCCCUCAUGUGGACUGUCCCGAGGUGGGCCUGGUCCGAGAAGCUCUCCAGCUGUGCCGCCCAGCCGUGGAGUUCCGAGGCAUGGAGAGGAGCAUCCUGUGUACAGAAAUCCUGGCCAGACUCCAUUUCUUCGCUACCUCGCAUCCAGCACUGGUGGGACAGCUCUGCCAACAGGCCCAGAGCUGGUUCCGGGCGUGCCCACACCCUGUGCUGGUGCCUCUCGGAGGAUUCCUCCAGCCCCCAGGAGGUCCCCUCCCGGUGACCCUCACUGGCUGUCACAAAGGCAUCACUGCUAUGGCGUGGAGCCUGGAAGAGAAGCUGCUGGUGGUUGGCAGCCAGGAUGGCAUCGUGGCCGUGUGGGACAUGGAAGAAGAGCAGGUGAUCCACAUCCUAACUGGACACACAAGAGAGAUCAGGUGCAUAAAAGUGUUUGCCAAAGGGACGCAAGCCAUCUCCGCCUCCAAGGACCACACGCUGCGCUUGUGGAACUUGCUCUCUGGCCAGGAGAAAUUCACCAUUUGGGAGGGAGGCUCAAAAGAUCCAACUGAAUCUCAGGUCUGGAGCCUCCACGUGGACGAAGCAAAGGAGAUUGUGUAUUUGGCAUCUAGCUCCAAGGUCAAUGCGUGGAAUCUGGAAACUGCAGAGCUGGUUUUCCAAGUCCUGGGAGAUGCCUCCGACCCCUGGCUGUGCACAGCAGUGCUGGGGGCCACGCUGCUGACGGUGUCCAAGGGCUGUGUGGUCAGUCCGUGGAGCUCAGCCACAGGCAGAGCGCAGGGGAAGCAGCACUUGUCCAGUGUCAAAGAGGAAACACCUGCUUGUGGGGUCUCGGUCCAGAAGUCAGGACAGAUGGUUAUUGGGUUCAGCAAGGGCUCCAUCUCUUUGGUUUCCUCCAAAGGAGACAGCCUGCUGGAGAAACUUCCGGAAGCUGUGGGGUUCCUGGUAGUCUCUGAAGAUGAGUCCCUUCUCGCUGCAGGCUUUGGAAGAUCUGUGCGGAUAUUCUUGGCCGACUCACAGGGGUUUCAUCGACUCAUAAGCACUGACCUUGAACAUGAGGACACCGUGGAGACAGCCGUUUUUGGUCCUGAAAACAAUCUGAUUAUCACUGGGUCCCGGGAUGCACUCAUUCAGGUGUGGAGUCUGUCGGAACAGGGGACCCUGCUGGACAUCCUGGAAGGCGUCAGGGCCCCCGCGAGCCUGCUGGCCCGGGGUGGGGCCUUGGUGGCGUCUGCCUCGCAGCAGUCCUCCUCCUUCACCGUCUGGGACCUCACUUACACUCAGAAGCCACGGGCCUCUACCCCGUUCCUGGACCGCACUGGCCUCACCGCCGUGUCACACCAGGGAAGCUAUAUCUACUUCCCCAAAAUCGGGGACAAAAACAAGGUCACCAUUUGGGACUUGGCAGAAGGUGAAGAGCAAGACGCCCUGGACACCUCCAAUGAGGUCAGGUGCCUGGAGGUCGCCGAGCAGGCCAAGCUCCUUUUCACUGGCCUGGUUUCCGGAAUUGUCCUGGUGUUUCCCCUGAAUUCCAGGCAGGAUGUGAUGUGCAUUCCCCCUCCAGAGGCCCGGAAAGCCGUCAACUGCAUGGCCCUGAGUAAGGGCGAGGAGCACCUAGCCAUUGCCUACGACAGCAUUGUCCUGGUGUUUGACAUCAACCCUGGGGACCCCUGUCCAGUCAUCGAUGGGCCAACCUACACCUUCUAUACCCAGCUGCCUGUGACCAUAUCCAGUGUGGCUGUUCUGGCUGACUACCGUGUGAUUUAUGGCAUGACCAACGGUGAACUCUUCCUUUACGAGUGUGUGAAUUCCAAAGUGUUCCCUCUGGAGGCCCAUGGGAGCCGGGUCACCUGUGUGGAGGUCAGCCACAAGGAGCAGCUGGCAGUCAGCGGGUCCGAGGAAGCCCUGCUGUGUCUCUGGGACCUGCAGGCCUGCAAGUGGAAAUUUGAGAUGAGUUACACGAACACGUACUGCCAAGGAGUCCAAUGUGCUUGCUUCUCCAGGGAUGACAAGUAUGUGUACGUGGGCUUGAGGGAUCGCUCCAUAAUCGUCUGGAGUGUGCUGGACGGCACCCUACUGGCCAUCCAGUUUGUCCAUGCCGUGGUGAACAGAAUCAUCCCAACCUCCAACGGCUUCAUUGCCCCCACCAGGCAUGGCUAUCUCAUCCGUGAACGAUUCCAGUGCCCUUCAUCCAGAGCCUCACAGCAGGACUCGCUCCAGAACUUCAAGAAGGCAGUGUGGAUGGUCAAGUCAAGGCGGAGGGAAGAGCUGGCUGCUGCUGAAGGAGCACCGCAGGACUCGGGGUUAGGGAAUGCCCAGGGAAAUGAAUGCAAAGCAAACAAGCGCUCACAAGUCUGCCUGAUAGUGUAGACCUGCCUGUGGGGGAAUGUGGUUCCAGGAGCUUCCCCUAUUCAAUCCAGUUGAAGUGAAGAGAAUUAUGUGUUGAUGUCUAUCUGGACCCAGGGUCUCAGAUCAUGUGACCCAGACCUUGCUUCUUACCAUCUUUCCAUUCCUCUCUCCUCUCUGUGGGCUCCAUUUGCAGACCUACCAUCCCUAACUUAGCACCAUGGCAGCCGUUUUGGUAGAAAAGAGAGCUUCCCUUUCCCAACAGUUUGAACUAAUGUCCUGGCCUCAAUUCUAUUGGUCCCAGUUGGCUCAUAUGCUCAUCUCAGAACCAAUCAAUUGUCUGGGAGAAUGCAGCUCUGUGAUAAGCCAGUCUGACUCAGUGACUUAAUUGCCCACCAGGGCUCUCAGUCCACCCAGCUCCAUGGACUGAGAUUGGGAGAGGCUAUUCCUAGGAGAGAAACUGGGAUGCUGGUACCAGGCAAAGCGGGUAUGGGUAGAUGUGAAACUGACAGAACCACAGACGUGGACCACAAAGCUUUACGGUUUAUAAAGCACCAGGUGCUAUGGUCUGAUCCUUAUCACAGCCCACACUUCAGGGAGGGCAGGAGUUUCUGCGUCCACUUUACAGAUGGGUAAGUGAGCCUUGCAGAGGUCGCUGUGACUUGCUUGAGGUCACAGCCCUAGGUGCAAGACCUCUGAGCAACCAGAACAAGCAGCCAUUUGGUUUCAAUCGCUCUUGGACCACCUCUUCUUCGAUUUUAGUCUCACGAGCACAGCUAUCCAGGCCGCAGGUAGCACACUCAAAUGCCCGAAGGGGCCGGUGAGAAGUCUAGAUGGCACUCGUGCCCCCGGGGGCAGAAGCCAAGAGUGAUGGAGAUGAUGGGAACACGGAGGACGCUCGCUCUGCCUGGGAUGGGUGUGGGCGCCUCGGCUCCACCCUGGACUCUCCGUGAGGAAGGCAGCCCACCUUCGCCAGAGCUUUCUGCGGUCAUCAGCAAAGCCAGAAAUCUAGACUUUUAGGCAAAAUGUCUUCAUUUUUAAAAGUUGGUGAUUGGCUCAAAUUUACAUCUCCAGGCACAUUCAGCCCGUGUGUCUCCAGCUCGUGAGCUGACUUCGGGACCCAAGCUGGUGUUAAACGAUAAACCUGUCAGAGUUCUUCCAUCUCCUUGGCUGCCAAGCUUCAAGGAUGAAGAGGCCUUU